AUGCCGCCUUGGCUGCUCGGCAGCCUCUGCUGCGUGCUGGCGGCGCGGGCGGCGCUGGGCGGCGGCUCCGCGGGCGCGGAGGAGGAGGAGGAGGAGAAGCUGAUCCGGGUGCUGGUGCUGCUGCCGCAGGACGACGCCUACCUCUUCUCGCUGGGGCGGGUGCGCCCGGCCAUCGAGUACGCGGUGCGGAGCCUGCGGGAGAGCGGCGCGGGUCUGCCGCCCGGCUACACCUUCCAGCUCACCUACGAGGACUCGGCGUGCGGCAACCGCGCCCUGUUCAGCCUGGUGGACAUGGUGGCCCUGCAGCGCCGCCGGCCCGACCUGCUGCUGGGGCCGGUGUGCGAGUACGCGGCGGCGCCGGUGGCGCGGCUGGCGGCGCACUGGGACGUGCCGAUGCUGUCGGCGGGCGCGCUGGCCGCGGGAUUCGGCGCCAAGGGCGGCGAGUACUCGCACCUCACCCGCGUGGCCCCCGCCUACGCCAAGAUGGGCGAGAUGCUGCUGGCCCUAUUCCGCCACCACCAGUGGAACCGGGCCACGCUGCUCUACAGCGACAGCAACCCCGAGCGCAACUGCUACUUCGCCAUGGAGGGCGUCCAUGUGGUCUUCCAGGAGGAAGCCUUCCACAUGGCCGUGCACAGCUUCGACGAGACCAGCCGCCACCUCGACCUCGACGACGUCGUCCGCGCUCUCCAGACCGGCGAGAGGGUUGUAAUCAUGUGUGCCAGCGGUGACACCAUCAGGAACAUCAUGUUGGCUGCUCAUCGGCAAGGAAUGACCAAUGGGGACUACGCUUUCUUCAACAUUGAACUCUUCAACAGCUCAUCAUACGGAAACGGCUCUUGGAGAAGAGGAGACAAACAUGACCUUGAAGCCAAGAAAGCAUACUCGUACCUCCAGACCGUCACUCUGCUGAGGACUGUGAAGCCUGAGUUUGAGAAGUUUUCCCUGGAGGUGAAAAGUUCUGUUCAGAAGCAAGGUCUUCAUGAGGAUGACUAUGUGAACAUGUUUGUGGAAGGAUUCCAUGAUGCUGUUCUUCUUUAUGCUCUAGCUUUACAGGAAGUCCUGAAGUUUGGUUUCACUAAGAAAGAUGGGGAAAAAAUUGUUCAGCAAACACGGAACAGAACAUAUGAAGGCAUUGCAGGGCAGGUGUCCAUUGAUGCCAAUGGAGACAGAUACGGGGAUUUCUCUGUGAUUGGAAUGACAGACCCAGAGGCAGGCACACAGGAGGUGAUUGGGGACUACUAUGGAAAACAGGGGCGUUUUGAGAUUCGAUCAAAUGUGAAAUACCCUUGGAAUCAUGGCAGGCUGCGGCUAGAUGAAAGCCGAGUUUCAGAGCACACAAACAAUACACCGUGUAAAUCAUCAGGUGGUCUAGGAGAAUCAGCAGUUACAGGAAUAGUUGUGGGCGCCUUGCUUGGAGCAGGAUUGCUAAUGGCUUUUUACUUUUUCAGAAAGAAAUACAGAAUAACUAUUGAGAGACGAACUCGAAGGGAGGACUGUAACAUGGGGAAACAUCGGCAGUUACGUGAAGACUCCAUUAGAUCUCAUUUUUCUGCUGCAUAAAGAAGAGGAAAAAGAAUCCCAUUCUUCCUAGGGGAAAAAAAAAAAAAAAAAGAAUUAGAGAAAAGGACACAACCAAAGACAUCAGUGUGAAAAGAAGAGGCUCUUGAAGAACAUACUCUUUUAAGCAGUAAUUUUGUCUUAAUUUCUUUCAGAAGCUCAGGAAUGAUUUACUAAUCACAUUGUGCCGCAGGGCCUUUCAUCUCAUGAAAAAAGAAAAUUAUGCGGUUUGAUGUUAUAGGGUGUACUUGAUAUGUAAAGACAGAAUUUCUUAAGGCAUGUAUCGAGGGCAGCAGAUAUGGGUUUAGUUGAUGGGGAAUGCCUCAUUGUGUUCCUUUCUUUCUUUUUUUUAGCUUCUACCACCUCCUUCCAUAAUGGCAUCUCACCCGUGGGUAUCAAAUAUGGUUUCACAGGUGCAGGUGCUGGUUUGCUGUCAAAAGGAAAAAAAAGAGAUUUAUUUGGGGUAUGAUCCUGCAUCACUGAAUCACUGCCAUUGGUUAUAGGGGAUAUGGAUUUGGUGUACGGAGUUUAGUUCUGCAAGGGAACUGGCACUUGGGUGUAAUUAACUCUACUGAGAAAGUCAGGCAGGUGGAAACACACACAAGCAAUUCUUCCCUUGUUUGUGUGGUACUACAAUCAGAAGCACUGUUUCUCCCUCUUAAAUGCUGGGAAUUUUGAAAAUCUCUGGUGAAGGAUGAGGAGUUUCACUGGUGUUAAAGAGGGAGAGAAGACAAUCAGGGCUUGGAGAGGACUAUUUAAUUCCUCAUUCUUAUAUGUGUUUUACCAUGCUCUUUUCUCUCCACUGCCAUGACUUUUCAGAGUGGCAAAUAUAGGCCAUGUCGAGCCUGCUCCUGUUCCCAGUGAAGUCAGUGGCAAAAUCCCAUUAACUUCAGUGAGCACAGGACUGCGUCCAAAACUGUAAAUAUGAAAGUGUUUGUAUAGCUGACGCAACUCAAAAGGGGAUCUUUUUUUGUGUAAAAAUGACAUUCCAUGCUACCAUUUUAUUUUUAGGAUAUUUUUUAUCUUGAAUUUUUCUAUUAAAGUAUCUAUUUUUGCUUUGGUAGGAUUAAAAAUAAAGGAAGAGGAUGUUUUGAAGACAUAUAUUUUAUGAUAGGAGUAGUAUGCAGGGAAAGUCAACAGCUGUAAAUACAUUUUAGAACUAGCAUUUAGGGGAUGAGAAGUGACUUUGUUGAUAGUAACAGACUUUCUUCUCCAGGCAUGUGCAACAUUCAAGUAGUUAUUUAAACAAUACAAAAGCAGUUAUUGAGUUGUCUGCGUGAUGAUGGGGCUGAUGCUGAAAAUUAUGAAUUGUUUCACCUGUUAAACAGUCCUACAGAAGUUGGUGAGAUUUAGCUGUCCAUGUGUGUACAAUUGAACAUUCAAGGAACCACCUUCAGGAAUCGGGUGGUAAAACACUGUUCUAGUGCUGACUUUAAUCCUGCUGCCAUCAGUAUCCCUGGGACAUCUGCCAUUGAUUUUACCAGGAGCAAAACUGAAUCUCUGAUGAAUUAGCUACUGACAGGCUAUUUUAUACUAGACAGAGGAAAGUUUUGCACUUUCUAGUCAACAAAUAGAAAUGAACAGUACUUACUGGAAAUGUGGUGAAGAAGAACCAUAAAACAUUGUCUGUGGGAAAAUUAAGCUGUGACUAUGGUUCUAGUGCAUUAAAUAUUUUGGUAUUUCAUAUAUCCAAUAUCCUAUUCUGAUUUUGUAAGAAAAACUUUCUCUUCUCAGCUGUUGUAGUCAGAUUUGAAAAUUACUCUCAAAACUGGCUCUGAAGCCUGACUUCUACAAAACUUCUAGUCCCUGAGAAGCCAGGGUACCAAAUCUUAGAAACCACUUUGAAGUUGCUGGAAGUGAACGAAGAGUAAAAACUGGCUAUGCCUCCUUUCUGAUGCCUUUUAUUUGUAGAUGGACUUUUUUUCGCCCCCUUGUAUUUCACUCCUUUCUUAGCAUAUGGAGAGAUUCAUACUAUCCAAUUUUCCAGACAGAGAUAGUGUAGAGUUUCCUGACUGUUAGGGCAGCUCCAGGACAGGAAGUAGAUUUCCAUCAUCCCACUGCCAGCUCUGGGCAUCUGCGACUUCUGCAAAGGUGCCUUGGGCAGGUCUCUGCUGUAGCCUCCUUAUCUCAUGGGCACCAGAGAAGGAUUUAGGCUAGAGCAGCAUUCAUACUGCUGUGGAGAUGGGGAGAAAAAAAGACUUUGCGAUUAGUUUAUGGAUUUUUUUUCCAAGCAGCUGAGUUUGUCUAGCCCUUGGGCAUGCUUAAGGUUUGGGGUUUUUUUAAAUACUUUCCAAGGCAGUUUUGAUCAACUUCUGGUUUUGCAAAGGUGUGUUUCAGUAUUUUACUUUUUUAACUCGUUUUACUACUUUGCCACAGGAAGAAAAGGGAAGGAAAGUUCUUACAUAUGUAGAGAAAAGAGGGUGUGAUUUGAAGCAUAAACUUUUUUUGAAAAAUUUUUUUUUAUGACUUUGCAAUGUGAACUAGUACUCAAACAGUCACUUAAGACAGUUGUGUAGAUUGUAUUUUUCCUGUACCAUGCACAGUUGGGUCAGAUCAGAACAUCAGGAGAUCUGAUCAGAAUAUCAGGAGACAGGAGAUCUGGCUGGUACAAGAAGUUGUUAAGACUGUUUAUUUAUUGUGUCAUUUUAUGAUAACUAUAAAAAAGUAAUAUCACUUUUUAUUGAAAAAAUAAUACUGAUUUUUUAUAGGGUUUUAAAUCAUGAUCUCAAGAAGUGUUUCUAUGAGUGUUUCUAUGAGAUGUCUGUUGCUAGGAUGCUGACAGAGGCUUAGCCAAAGCUGUACAUCUCAACACUUCCCAAGAAAGGUGAACCUUUCUUGCACAUUAGAAUAUUUCAAAUCAAUGGGAUUUAAUCCUUCUAAAUUGAUCCACACAAAUGUGUGUGCUUUUUCCAUGGAAGUGUGGAGAUUAUUUAAGAUAUUUCACGUAGGUAGAUUCCUGUAUAGUAUAAAUAGACUUGCUCGUCUUAGCUGCCUUUCACAGGCCUCUUGCUAAUAGUUCCCAGAUCUUCUCUGGACCAUAGAUCAAAAACUGCCUUGGGUUUAGAUUAUUCAGCAGAGAGGUUCUUUACCGGCUAAUGCACUGUGCCUUUCUGGUUCAUCUGCAUUAGCUCAAUGCCACAAUGUUUAAGCUUCAAACUCUGCAAGGGAAUGUUUAAUCAAAAUAAUAAUAAUUGAUUCUCAAAAGAGGUUUCAAGAUCUACAUUUUUGGCCUCAGCAAAUUGCCCGUAUUACAAACAUACAUCUGUAUUACAGAGCAGCACAAUGAGACUCUUCACUCAGCUCAGCACUUCAGAACAUACUUAAAAUAUGUUCAACUUCAGCUUCUAAGUGCUUUGCUCACUUGGGACCAAAGGGUAUAGUCCUGGCCAUGGCUGAACCAAAGGGAAAUUUGCCAUGUGCUUGAAUUGGAGAGAGGUUGGCCCUAUAGGCCAUAUGUUUCCUACUAAAUCUAACAGGUGUGCCUGUUAAAUUGAAAUUGAACUAGCAUCUUCAUACUUUUAUUUGUCAAAGUUUAACAAAUUCUGCUAUUUUUUUUUUAAAUCACCGAAUAGUGAUCAGCUUAAUGGCUGAUUCAUCUCAGAAUCCUCUUCCCAAGGAUUCUGGCAUUUACCUGACUUUCACCCUCUUAACUUCAACACAUAGGCUUCCACUGCAAGUGACAAAGGUGAAGCAAAAGUUUAAAAAGUAUCUGUGAUUUAUUAUCCUGAAACCCACAACUUCAGAGUCAGAUGCCUAGAUCCUUUGUCCUUGGCCACUGGUAGUUCUGGAAGUUUUUUUUAUGGGCAGUUUGUGUAUCCUAAAUUGUCGAUGACUACCAUCAUCACCAGUUAAUUACCAGCUCCUGCUGCGAUGUACUUCAUUGAAGGGCACACCCAGCUAAGCUCUGAAAACAUUCAGUCAUUGCAAAAACUGGUGAGUGGUCUGCACCUUGCAAGAUUGUGGCCAGAAUUCACUUUUAAUGAAGGGUUAUAUUAAUUCAUGUCUGAAAAUAAAUUGUAUUGAUCUAUUUUCAAUUUGGCUUUAAGAAAUGCUUUAUUGCAUUAUUGAAAGCUUUUUUUUGAGGGUUUUUUAGUGGUGAAUUAUUAAGGUGUAGCUAAUGCUUUGAAAACAUUUGUGCUGGACAAAUUAGGAGUCUUCUCCCUUACAGCAUAUUUUGCUGGGAGGUUGAUCUCUGAUUCAUGUUUUGGCUUGGAGGUGCAAUCACACUGUCAUGAAGCUGACAAAAACCCUCUCACUGAUUCAGUGGAAGUAAGCUCAGGCCCUCAGUGGAGUGUCUUCAGGCUUGAAGCAGUUCAGAGUGAGUUUCUCAGCUUUGCAGUAGAACAGGCUGCAUCAGCCUUAGUUGACCUUGGCUCCAGUGCUGCUUUCACCUCAUGAAUGCCAUAAUGCUCCUGAAAAGCCAAGAAUAGACAUCAAAGACAGGAAGCUAAUAGUCCUGGCCAUAAAUUUCUCUGGCAAUUUAGUCCACCUUUCCCAGAGCUCAGGACAGUUCCACAUCCUUCACUGCCCUCCUCUGUGCCUCAGAUUAGCAUGUACCAGUUCUAGUUCUUUCAAUAAAGCAGUUGAGCCUAUUUUUCCUCAUUUUUGCCCAGAGUAGAGUAAACAGUCUUUAAUCCCCCAUUUUUUCAUGGUUUUUUGUCUAGAUUCAGAAGUACUUUGACAAGAGAUAGCCAUUUUCCAUAAUCUAAUCCACAAUGCUCCUUCUUCACAGACAGUGUUGGCUUUUAUGUAAUUUGAGGCAUGGUUCAUUGACUCUGUGCUGCUCAGCUGCCAGCACACUUGAUGUUGGCCCAUGGCCACACCAGCCACUGUGUGAGAUCUAGACCCAAAAUUGUCUGUUGGGUUUUUUUUAUCCUAAUUGUUGCUGCUAUAAAAUGAUGUCAAAUCUACCACCAUCUUCCCCAAAGCAGGGCAUAUGGGAAGAGAAAUACAAGUUUCUAAUGGUACAUUACCUUUUCUCUUGGUUAGCAGCAUGGCCUACUAACUCACCUCACAACAGUGAGCGAUAAAGAGACAAAUUUCAGCAAAGUGCAUGUUUUGGAGGAGUCAGUUUUAGUCCUUUUUAGAAACAAAGGAAUACAGGAGUUACUUUUUGGAAUAUAUUUUUAAGGACAUACUGGAAAAAGUUUUGCCUUCAGAUACGUUUUUUGUGUCACUUCUCCUCCCCCUCCUUUCCUUCUCGCUGUUGAAAGCACAAAAAGAUUUGUGUGUGUGUGUGAAGCCUUUCAAGUGGGAGAAUGGAAGAGUUUGCACUGUGCAUAUCCCUGCUUAGAGACAGAAAUGAAUUCAAAUGGCUUGAGGCCUGAAUUUUUUUCUCUUCUCAGAUACCUUCUAACAUCUGAGGUCUGAGACUGAUGAAAAAUGAUUGUUGAAAUUAAAAAAAACAGCUGGUUUUGGGACACCUCAGACCUGGCUGUCUGCAGGGGUCAGCAAGCUGUGUGGCAGACAUUAGUAGUGUCUGUUCUCUUCUAGAGAAUAACAGAAAGCCUGAGCACUGGGGUUUGCCCCAGUGAAGUCUCGAGUCUGUCAUAAAUGCAGCUCUCCCUUUAUCUCACCCGUAGAGGAAGAAAGGAUAAAGGUUAAUAUUGGUGUUUUUGUGGUGUUACUGCUGGUUUCAAUUGAGAAGAUAAUGCUGCCAUGGUUUUGAGGCUUUCUUGGGCUAGUGUUUAAUUGUGUCCAGUGUAUCAUUACAUAGACUGUUUUAUUAUGCUAUUACUUCUUCCAGAAUUUACCUUCUAGGAGGUCCUAACUGACAUGCACCAGAUUUACAGAAUACAAACCUAGCUUUCAAAAGGAGAGGCUUAAGAGUUCCUUCAAAAUCUCUCACUAACCACUAAGUUAAUAUUCAGCGUCAAAGGCAAAAUAUUCUAAAUAACCUGACACUGUUAAAGUUUGUAUGUUAAGCUAUAAAACUUCAGAAAUAUUAGAUGGAUUCGUUAGAUGUUGAAUCUUUGAAAGGUUAAAAUCCACUGUGUGAACUGUUGCUUGGUGUUUCUGUCAUGUGAAUGUUUCUAGAGGACACUUGAGCAAGCAAAGAAAAUGUACCAAAAUGAGUAUUUAAGAAAAUAAUCUCAUUUAGUGGUUUCUUUUGUAAUCUCAGAUGGUAUGCACAGGGAACACCCAAUUCUUCCCCCGUCCCCCAACUAUGAACAAAGGUUUUGCUAAUUAAUUGUUCACUUGCAGCAGACAUAAUGAGCACAGGUGUGUUGGUUCAUAAUUGGGAGUGAUCUGGACUUCUUUUUCUCUGAGAGCAGUGUAUGAAGUGUGACAAAGGAAUGAGCCACCAGUGGUGAUUUAUCUGGGUUCUGUGGGAGAUGGUAAACGUUUCCUCACAUAUUUAGUAGCUCCCUGAUGUAACAUUGUGAUCACUUCUACAGUAUGUGAUCCAUGGGAUUAAAAGACCUGUUGAAAAUACAGAUCUUUGGGUUAGGGUUAGAAGGGACCUUAAAUAUCAUGUAGUUCCAACCCCUCUGCCAAAGUAUCUGCAGCUGAGAGAAGAGGGAAAAUGCUCAGGGACUGAUUGUAUUCCUGUGAUGAUGCUAUUGACUGUAUGGAGUUCAUUCAAAGAUCGAGUUCCUUCUGCACUUAUUGUUCAAUAUCUAGUCUUUUAGAGACGCAGCAGAGAGCUUUUAAAUCUCACACAAGCCCCUGCCUAAAAUUCAGACUGGGUUUAAGUGGUUCAUAGGGCCUGCUCAGGGUAUGCCGUGCCCUUAGGUCGGGUGUUUACCCAGGAACAAUGUUGUCUUUACUGUGCAGGUCUGAAAGUGCUGAGAAAACUUGGGUGGAGUGGCAGGAUGAAGGCAGAGGGUAGAAUUUGCGGUGUUUCUUGUGCAUAGCUAUCAAAAACUAAGAGGACUCAGGAUAGACGUUGUGGACAUUAACUUUGUCCCCUUUUUUUCGGUGAUACUGUUAUUAAUGUAAAAAUACUGGACAACAGAGAAGCCUAGUACCAGUCUAAUAGAAAACAAAUGGAAAGCUGCACAGUAUAUUGUACUGAUGUAAGUAGAACUAUCUGCAUAUAAUGUGAUUUUAUUUAUUGUUGUUUUUGUGUAGAGGAGAGUGCAUAUUCAUGUCUGUGGAUAUAACCUUUUUUUAUUUGUGUAAUGUAUUUUAUUUCUUUUAAGACUUGGUCAUUUAAAAUAUCUACAUUCAUUGGUGUCCUUUGACUUUUUGUUCUGUGCAUUUUCUUUCACACAUUUUAAAGAUGCAAAAAUAUCACAUAACCUAAAUUGUAACAAAAUAUUUCCAUUAAAGACAUAGGAAUAUGUUAUCA